AUGAAGCCUCGUGUCAGCACCAGUUCUGAAACCAACUCUAGCGGAUUUGGAAGUAUGGAGAAUUUGGAAGUAGAAGAGAUUUCAGCUCCAAGAGGAACGAAGAGAAAGACUUUAAAUUCGAUUAAUGAUCUGGACGAGCUUAUGAAAAAUUCAUUAAACGUUACAGAAAAGCGAACUUGUUACGAUCUCGAAUCAAAAUCGUUAUCAAUCACUACGCAAGAGGAUCAUAGACUCUCAACUCGAAGAGCAUCAUCGAUGUCGAGGUGCUCGCCGGUUUCGUUGGAGCGCAGAGCAUCGAUGAAAAGCCCGCGUGGCAAUUGUCUCCAAUUUGUUCGUAAUUUUGAGGCAAUUUCUACUGAUUCCAUUUCGCCUCGUUCAAUUAAUCAAUAUCGCUCACCAAGAAAAAGAAUUAAUCUGAGUCCAGAAGAUGUGUAUUCGAAACAUCGAUUGGGCAGCACGUUCUCGCCUGUUGUGGUUAGAGCCAGACGCCGAUCAGCGAUUCGACCAGAUUUAAAACGCUGCAAUGUGCCGAUCGAGUCAAGUCGAGAUCAAUUUAAAAAGGUGUUAACUCCCAAACAUGGAAUACGCCAAAAAUUGGCAACGUUGAACAGAUCACGCCCAUCUUUGAAUAGCCGACUUCUGAACAUAAACACCGAUGUUACCGAAUCAUCGUGCAACUAG